ACUUCCUCUGCUCCACAUGUAGCUGAAUUGUUUACAACAGGGGAAUUUCGAGUCUUCUGUGGCUCUCUGGAUAAUAAAGAAAUAAACCUGUAGAAACUGGUUGUAUCUUCUUGAAGCUGUCUACACUGAUUUACAUUCUGACAUGCUUCUUUUCUGUCCAACCUGUGGGAAUGUUUUAAUAGUCGAGGAAGGACAGAAGUGCAUGAGAUUCGCCUGCAACACCUGCCCGUAUGUCCACAACAUCACGAGAAAGGUAAAUAAUAGGAAGUAUCCUAAGCUGAAAGAGGUGGAUGAUGUUCUUGGUGGCGCUGCAGCUUGGGAAAAUGUGGAUUCAACUGCAGAAACCUGCCCAAAGUGUGAGCACCCUCGGGCUUAUUUCAUGCAGAUUCAGACCAGAUCAGCUGACGAACCAAUGACGACUUUCUACAAGUGCUGCAAUGCUCAGUGUGGACAUAGAUGGAGAGACUGAGACCUCAGGACUUUGAAUAUUAUAAUGUAUUAAAUGCAUAGAACAAGCCACAUACUUUCACUGCUGCUUUGACUUUUAUUUAUUCCAAACAUCCUCUUUGAGUUAUGAAAAUUCUUAAGUCUUUCUGUUUGACGCCACAGCUGAGGAUACUUUUGAUUUUCUUUCCCAAACAAAGCAUUCAGUUUGAAGGCAUAAAUCAUUUCAAAAUCAACAAUAAAUGAGUUUUGAUGAAA